AUGGAGAGUGGUGCUGCGGAGGAUGCCCACAUAGAUGGCGAGCUCCGCGAAGCAGCGGGGCGCCUGGAGAAUGACAUGUUGCAACGGAAGAUCGAUGCGUUGCUUCGAGACGUUGCUGGCAUCUGCGACGGCGCGGAGGAUGAGGCGUCUUCCUGGGCCCUGAUGCCGGCGCACGGCAUACCGGAGCCUCAGCCGGAGCAGAGGGACCUGGGCUAUGGCCACGAAGAGCCAAGCCCAGCCACCACUUCCAUGCAAGAGGAGACCCUGCGGAGUUUUCCUCCCAGGAGGACGAAGAAAGAGCCGAGGCGCCGGGAAGAAGCGCCCAGGCCGCCGCGAAAGAAGCGGGCCAUGGACUGCUCGAGGAUCGGAAACAGCUUGAAGGAAGAUCUUCACAGCUGCGAGUUGCAAGAUGCCAUCUUCAAUGAGGUGCAGGAAGGUAUCGUCAGGAGCGAGGGCAGGGGUCCGAAUGGCAGCGUGGAGAUGUCCAUGGCUGUGCCACAUCUCAAGCGGGCGCGUGUGAAGCUGCUGCUCCCACGCAAUCUUCACCAAUUGAAGGACGGUCGGGCCAUGGCCCAGCAGCUUCUCUCUGCCCUGCUGCUCCUUCGCUUGCUGCACCCGACGCAAGCAAGAAGAUCUUCCUCCGGAGAUACUUCAAGCAAUUCCGAACGCGUCCUCCCGGCCAUCCCUACGGUGCUGCUGCAGCACCUGCCUUGCGAGGAGAAGGCGCUGAUGGAGGACCUUGCACAAGCCCUGCUCCAGCAGCCGAUGUCCUUCGCGAAGCUGGGCUCCUCCUUCGGCAAGCGCUUCAAGCGGCUCCGCACCGGGAAGAAGUUCUGUGAGUGGCUGCAGACGAUCCCCGGCAUCCAGUUGCCCUCAACACUGGACUUCCGCCAAGCAACGGACCUCCAACUCUCCUUCGCCCGGCCUGGUCCAGGAAGUCCAAGCUUGAAGCCCAUGCCGGCGGAGUUGCUUCAAGAGCGCCUGGCGCGUCCCAGGCGAGAAGGCCAGCAAGGCCAGUGCCUCCCGGCCAGAGCAGCCACGGGCUUAUGGCACAGCUGGGCCCUCAUCGACACAGUUCUGGAGAAGGCCGGGCGGCGGCUGCCGCGAGGCCGCUCAGUCGAGUGGCGCUGGCCGGGCCCUGCCCUGAUUCGUUUCAAUGUCACUUCCCAGGAUGGAGCCCCACUGGAUUUCUACGUGAUGUCCGGCAGGCUACGAGAUCCCUGGCCGAUGGACGUGCGGCCUCGCAGGGGUUGGCUCCGGGGCUUGAAUCCAGUGUGCAGUCAGUGCACUGAGCUGCACUGGCAAUAUCAGCUUCAAGAGCAUGAGAGAGUCAUGCUGAUCGCGAGCAACGAGGACGGCCGCGCCGAUGCGAAGCUGGAGUUCACAGAGGCCUUGUUUGGUGUGCAAUCCUGCUUGGAGGAGUCCUCGGUCCAUCCUGGGGGCUUCCUGGCCGCCUGCCUGGUGGCUGCUGGGCUCCUGGGCGGUGGCUUCGCCCUGAGCCGCAGGCUCGCUGAUGAGCGGGGAGGCUCGGAUGCUCGCCCGUGGGAUGAAGCCUGGGUUCCGCAGGUGAUGCAGUGUAAGAGGCCGCCAAAACCCGCGGAACCCUGGAGAGCAUGGAUUCUGCACGCCUGCCUCCUGACAUACCCGUGGCACCCUUGGCGCAACGAUCCUUUGCCGUUCGCCUUCCGCUGUCUGGUGCUCGUGGUAAGCUGGGGCCUGACCCUCUUCCUGUCGACCCUCUAUGGCGACCUCGUGGGCCAGUGGGACUACAGCGCCGGCGCCCUUACCUCGGAGGACCUGGAUAUCACUGACGACAGCGAGGGCGACUCUCUGAGCUUAGGCUCCGUGAUGUUGAUCUCGUCCCUCUCACUUGUCCUGGAGGCCGUGCUGAGGAUCCUGGCGCUCAGCAUCUUUCGGUGCAGCCUGGCGGCUUCACAAGCGCAGGGCAGGCGUUUCGAGAUCAAAGCCAGCGCCAUGUUUGUGGCAGCGGCCGUUGUGGCCACCUGCAUCAUGUAUCCCCUCUCGCUGGUACUCGCGGAUCGCCGGUGCCGCUACGUCCGCCGCCUCCUUCUGCAGUUCUUUGUGUCGGACCUGGUCCGCGGGCUCCCCCUGGCGGCUGCGGCAGAGGCAUCAGGGCAAUAUGCAUGUAAGAACUGGGGCGCAUCGAUGUUGCAGCCUGUCCCCUUCUGCGUAGAAGCGAUAGCGGUGGACACCCCGUCUGCAGCUUCCAUGUUGGACCAGGUGACCUCCGAUUCCUCAGUGACUGCUGAAGCAAAGGAGUUGCUGCGUGCCCUCGUUGAGGAGUUUGCAGGCUCGGCGAACGUCACCGGCGAAGAUUUGCCGUUCCCGUGCGACAUCAUCUGCUGUUGCUGCGUCGCGUGUGCCUCCAGUCCAAACUCGUGCGAUGGCUGCUGUGACUGCUGCGACGAGAGCGAAGAAGAGAAGCGCCGCCGCAAGCGCCGGAGUCUUUUGGAAGCGCCGGGCCAGGACGUGAUGGAUGAAAAGAGGCCAAGCCUCCUGGAGCGGAUUGCACGACUGACCUCCGAGGACCUUGGAACCGUUCUGCGCCACGCGAUGACGUCCGAGAAAUGGAACGCAAAGGAGAAAUUUGGACUUUGGCUUUUUGAGAAGAAGUUCGGCGAGCACGAGCGGCAGAACCUGGAGGCCUGCAUCGAGCGAGUGAAGGCGGUCACACCGGAGCUCAUGCACGAGGACAACGUGACGAAGGAGGAGGUGGAGCGAAAGAAGAACGGGCACGACGCCAAGGCCUUGUCUCGGUUCGCGAAGCUCUUGGUGGCAACUUCGGUGGCCAAGCAUGGCGCUGCCAUCGCGGAGCACGGGCUAGGAGCCAUUGGGCUGCAGCAGUGUGAAGCAGUCCUCUGCGCUGGGGACCUGAAGUAUGAGCUGGACGCCACAGGCCUUCACAAGUGCACCUGGAACUGCCCAGACGGCCAAGUUCCAGCACUCUUCCAGUCAGUUGGCGCGGAGAUGGCAGAACAAGCGGAAGAGAUCACCCCGCUCAAGGAAGAGGCAAGGGAAGUCGAAGAAGCUGCCGAGGAGAUGCAGGGCAUGGGCUCCUCCCCAAGAGCCUUUGAGAAGUCGAAGGCUUUGACCCAGGUCAACAAGCUGAAGCUGCACUUCCAUCAUGCGCUGAGUGACAAGCCGCUGAAGCUCACCAAGACGGCAAGCCCUUCAGAGCUGGGUGACCCCAUGCAGAUGAAGACCAGCGCCAUUCGCUAUCAUGGCACAUGCAGCGCUCCGAACCAGUUCCAGGAUCAGCUGCAGCGAGCUGUUCUGUUCCAUGGCAACAACAGGAACAUCCCACAAGGGAGCGUGGUGGAGGUCACACGCGUGCCGACGGCCUCCACGCUGGGCCGGUUUGGCAACUUCAUGAACCCGUUCUCCUCGAACUUGAAGGCGAACGAGGUGGAGGUGACGUAUCAUGGUCAGGAAUACGUGGUGAACAGCACGGACGUGCAGCGCACGUCCGUGGGCAAAGUGUUGGUGGACGAGGGCCUUCAGGACUGGCUGAUCAGCACAGGUGACACUAUCCAGGUCCAGAUGCCACCGAUGCAGCAAGACCCGAAGGAGGUCCUCUGGUUCCCCGUCUCAAAGGACAAAGGAGACUGA